CGAACGCGACAUACGGUUAACUUUGACCCGAAAGCAACCUCCCCUCUCCCCCUUCCCUCGCUGUCAAGAUGGCGCUCUCCAGGGUGUGCUGGGCUCGGGCUGCUGUGUGGGGUUCAGCAGUCACCCCUGGACAUUUUGUCACCCGGAGGCUGCAACUUGGUCGCUCUGGCCUGGCUUGGGGGGGCCCUCGGUCUUCAAAGCUUCACCUUUCUCCAAAGGCAGAUGUGAAGAACUUGAUAUCUUAUGUGGUGACCAAGACAAAAGCGAUUAAUGGGAAAUACCAUCGUUUCUUGGGUCGUCAUUUCCCCCGCUUCUAUGUCCUGUACACAAUCUUCACGAAAGGAUUUCGGAUGUUAUGGGCUGAUGCCAAAAAGGCUAGAAGAAUAAAGACAAACAUGUGGAAUCACAAUAUAGAGUUUCAUCAACUUCCGUACCGGGAGAUGGAGCAUUUGAGACAGUUCCGCCAAGACGUCACCAAGUGUCUUUUCCUAGGUAUAAUUUCCAUUCCACCUUUUGCCAACUACCUGGUCUUCCUACUAAUGUACCUGUUUCCCAGGCAACUACUGAUCAGGCAUUUCUGGACCCCAAAACAGCAAACUGAUUUCUUAGAUAUCUAUCAUGCUUUCCGGAAGCAGUCCCACCCAGAAAUCAUUAGUUAUUUAGAAAAGGUCAUCCCUCUCAUUUCUGAUACAGGACUCCGGUGGCAUCUGACAGAUCUGUGCACCAAGAUACAGCAUGGUUUCCACCCAGCAAUACGUGAUAUCUUGGCUCUGAGAGAGUGUUUCUCUAACCAUCCUCUGGGCAUGAACCAACUCCAGGCUUUUCACGUGAAAGCCUUGAGCCGAGCCAUGCUUCUCACACCUUACCUGCCGCCUCCCUUGUUAAGACAUCGUUUGAAGACUCAUACAACUGUGAUUCACCAACUGGACCAGGCUUUGGCAAAGCUGGGGAUUGGCCAGCUGACUGCUGAGGAAGUAAAAUCGGCUUGUUAUCUCCGUGGCCUGAAUUCUACCCAUAUUGGUGAAGACAGGUGUCGAACUUGGCUGGGAGAAUGGCUGCAGAUUUCCUGCAGCCUGAAAGAAGCUGAGCUGUCUCUCUUGCUGCACAACGUGGUCCUGCUCUCCACCAACUACCUUGGGACAAGGCGCUGAGUGAACCAUGGAGUGGAUGGCGUUGUCUUGCAGUCACAUAGUGUAGCAGUGCGGGACCAAACAGCACUUGCUAGUGAAGUCUGUGUGCAUUGUUAAGUGUGUGGGACGUAGAGAGGAGCAGGUGCCUUGGGCUUCACAGCAUGGCACAUAUGUGGGAACUGCAGACAUUCCGCUUAUGGCGAGAACUGAAACAAACCCUCUUGUCAAGCGUGGCCCAUAGAAGGCGUCAUCCCGUCCCCCUCAUAAUUACUAAUAGCUGGAACUGGCAGCAGCCUCUGCUGGGCUUUUACUGUGGUGUGUUCAGUUCAUAUCCUAGGAAGUCAGCUUUCGCCCCAGGUGGGAAUCCUUAUUUGGCUUAGGGCUGAUCCACUUCCCUGUUACUUCCAUCUGUGGGUUUUUGUUGUUGCUGUUA